CAAUUUUACACCACUGCAAGUAAAUGUGUCUGCGCGUGCCCGCCCUGCCAGUGCCGCGGGAGCGCGCAACUGCAGCAGAUGAGCGCGGGGAGGGCCGGGGGAGCGUGCACGUUCACACUCACUUCUCAUCGCUUUAAUUUAGCAGAAGGGGAGGAGAGAGAGAGGCAGGGAGAGAGUGAGAGAGAGCUCGCGCACAGUCUCGCGGACCGUCGGAGCUUCCGCAGCAUCGGACCUGGAAACCAAACCGAACCAGCACCGCUGCCCAGAAAACCCACAGCACCGGAACGCAGCGCCGGGCGCGUGCUCAGGUGAGGAGCAAGAGGAGGAGCGGACCGAGGCCGAAGCCCGAGCGGAGAGGCCGGGGACGGUGCAGCAGAAGCCGGGGCCGUUGCCGCGGAAGAGUCGGUGUGAAAGCAGGAGAGGAGCACGGAGGAGCACCUCCGCCUCCGCCGAUGGGGUAGAGCCGGCUGGCGUCCGCAGCAGCCCGCAGAGUCUCGGACGGUCCGCGCUCACCUGCCCGCCCCGACCCGCGGGGCCGGUGAUGUAGCAGCCGCCCCCUCCCAUCGCAUCCACCCACCGAGUACCGCCGCCUCCUCCGCCCAGACUCCCACCAUGCCUGCGGGGAUGAAACCUCUGGAGAAGUUCCUGAAGAAGCAGACCACGGCGCUGACCCGGGCUGGGGGCUUCGUCGGCGGGGUGGCAGAUAAAGCCGGCGGCACCGGGGCGUCCCGCCGCAGGGCCAGCCUGUCCCGGGUCGUCCCGUUCUUCAGGGAGACGUCACCGGAGAGCGGCCAGGCUCGCGAGGUGUUCAGCCCUGACAGUGAGGACCCGCCCUCCUGGCCCUCAGCCACAGGGACCGGUGUAGUGACGGCCCCCAACAGCGCUAAUGGCUCCGGCUCCGGUUCGGGGUCCGGUUCUGGUUCUGGAGGAGGAGACGUCCGCAGCCCGUCUCUGUCCAGUGACGAGCAGAGCUCUGAGGCGAGCCUCAUCACGGAUGGGGGAGGAGGAGGAGGGGGGGGGACACCUGUUCAUGCCGAUACCCCGGAAAACCUGACGCUCGCCGUGCUGGACAGCGUGGUGGGAAAACGCUUCGGACACUGCAAAGAAACGCUCCUGGAUGACUUUAUGUUGACACAUCCCAUCUUCCUGGCGGCGGACAGGCUCCAGCAGGUCCUGCUGCACCAGUAUCCUUCACGCGCUCGCAGGCAUGCGUGCCUGGCUGUCGCCUCGCAGCGUUAUCUGCUGCGGGUUCUGCAGCGGUUUGAUCACCACGCCUUUGAGUUUGUAGAUCCCAGGAACGGACGAAUCCUGCUGCGACGCCUUUACAGAUAUCAGCUCUCUGACGAGGAGAAGGAGAGCAGGAAGAAGCAGGUCCGCCCUCUGUUCAGACACUUCAGACGCAUCGACGCCUGCCUGCAGCCCAGAGAGGCCUUCAGAGGCUCCGACGAGAUCUUCUGCAGGGUGUACACUCCGGAUCAUUCCUACGUCACCAUCAGGAGCCGUCUGUCCUGCCGGGUCGGAGAGAUUCAGAAAGCCGUGUUUCGUCCCAGCGACGAGGCCGUCUUCACCACGCUGGGAGUCAACACUCACCUGUUCGCCUGCGAACCCUCCGAGCUCGACUCGCUGCUUCCUCUUCCUGAGGAGAUCCACUGGACGCCGGGCGACAGUAAACUCCACGACAUGUCGGCAGAGGAGGUGGCCAAUCAGCUGGUGGUGUUCGACUGGGAGCUCUUCAGCUGCGUGCACGAGGUGGAGUUCGUGUGUUACGUGUUCCACGGAGAGCAGUCGCGCUGGCGCCCCCUGAACCUGGAGCUGGUACUGCAGCGGUGCAGCGAGGUGCAGCACUGGGUCGCCACGGAGAUCCUGCAGUGUCAGUCGCUGCCGAAGAGGAUCCAGCUGCUCCGCAAGUUCAUCAAGAUCGCAGCGCUCUGUAAGCAGCAGCAGGACCUGCUGUCCUUCCUCGCCGUGGUUCUGGGUCUGGACAACCCGGCCGUCAGCAGGCUGAGGCUCACCUGGGAGGGUCUGCCGGGGAAGUUCAGGAAGCAGUUUCAGCAGUUUGAAAGCAUCGCGGACCCGUCCAGGAACCACAAGUCCUACAGAGACCUGAUCACCAGCCUGAGGCCUCCGCUGAUCCCCUUCACUCCUCUGCUGCUCAAAGACUUGACGUUUCUUCACGAGAGCUGCAAAACGUUUCACGGUGAUCUCGUCAACUUUGAGAAGAUGCACAAAGUGGCCGAGAUGGUGAGGAACAUCAGACGAUACAGGAGCAGCCAGCUAGGUAACCAUCUUGGAUUCUUCAGCUCUGAGAUCCACGAGCGUCCACAGGCUGAGGAGCAGCUGCAGGUGUGGACCCGGUCCAGUUUUCCAAACUCCCGGAUACGAGUUUGGAUGCAUUUCAUCGAGUCAGACACUUUCUCACACAUCAGAGCUUUCCAGAACAUUCCUGUACCUGAACACACCGGACUCUGA